UAGAACAGAUGGAGAAAAGAUAUGACACAGACUUUCCUGAUCAAGCAAGCUGUCAUUAGAAGAGUGGAUUGAUGAUAGGGGCUGGGAAGUGAAAAACUGCCAUAUUUCACAUUCAGGAUCCAAGUUAAAUGGAUGCCAGCUCAAAUACGAUUGUUGUUACUGGGUUUGGGCCCUUUCGACAGCAUCUUGUUAACUCUAGCUGGGCAGCAGUGAAGGAGCUGUCCAAACUUGGCCUUGGCAAUGAAAUAAACCUACACAUUGCAGAACUACCAGCAGUUUACCAAAAAGCAAAAGAGCUUGUCUGUGAAAUAUGGGCAACACGUCAGCCACACUUUGUUGUUCACGUUGGCCUGGCUUCGGCUUCCAAAGCCACCAUCAUUCUGGAGCAGUGUGGAAAGAACAAAGGCUACAGAGACAGAGAUGCUUGUGGGUUUCUCCCAGAAGAUGGCUGUUGUGUCUCUGAAGGCCCAGAAAAAAUUGAGUCAACGAUUAAUAUGAAGAGUGUGUGGAAAAACCUCCUGGCAGAAGGGAUCGAUGCCAUUUUUUCCAGAGACGCAGGAAGGUAUGUCUGUGAUUAUACCUAUUACGCUUCUCUUUACUAUGGUAACGGAAGAGCUGCAUUUAUCCACGUGCCUCCACUAUCCAAGUGGGUAACAACAGAAUUUCUAGGAAAAGCACUGCAGAGAGUUAUCUUAGAAAUUUUGAAGCAAUGCAUGUGGAAAAGCAGAGAGCAAUCCAAAAAAGAACCUUCAGAAGGUGAACAAGAAAACCCCUGGAAGAAAUGAAGGAACGUUUAUUGUUCUGAACCCUUUUAAGUAUCCGUCUGACAGUGAAUAAAAGCAUCACACGAAACACACUUGCAUACAGAAUCCUUUUUAUUUAACUUAAUCAUGUAGUACUGUAACUACUAGAAAAAAGCAGAGUAAGAGAAACUAAAGGAGCCUUUUAGCUUCAGCCAUUCAAAAUAGACAAAGGUUUCUUUUUUUCAUAAUGUAAAGAAUCCAGAGUAUAUCGCAACAGGAAUAAAUUCUUACAACAGAAUAUACAAAAACAUUUUGAAUUUUUUUUUCAUCUACUGAUUCAUUUUAAUAUAAACACAGGAAUUUCUUUAGGAAUAAUUUAUACACAGCAAGUCUUUAUGUAAUAAAUUGGCCAUGUUAUUACCGUUUUAUUUUUUAUUUUUUUUAAAAAAAACUUUAUAUUUUAAACAAGGUAACUUGGAAAAUGUGUUUGCAAAUGCAUUCAGUUCCAUAGCACUUUCUAGUUUGAUUUUUUGUUUGUUUUUACUUUUUUUUUUUUUGUCCCAGAGGUAGAAGAUCUCUGGCCAGUCCUUUCUUCUCAAACCUCACUGGUUUAGAAAACAGAAAAAUAAAAAAAAUGAUUCUGAAAAAGGCAACAAAACUAUCCAGAAUCCUUCAGGUAAGAAGGGGAAAGAACAUGUUAUUUUGGGGAAAAGAAAUAGGAUCUUCGGUAUUCUUGUUUAAAUAAUUAUAAUAAAUAGGGGACAUUGUGAUGGUCAUUUAAACAAAGCUUUAAUGUUGCUAAAUAAUCUACAUAAAUUGUAUAGGCUGCAUACAAAACCACUUUUGUUUAUU